ACAAACAGCGCUUUAACAUUGAUUAAAACUGUCGUAAUAAGGCCUCUUAAAACCUGGACUGUAAUACCCUUUACUUGUUCAAAAACAACGAGGAGAUUUCAUGGGUAUUAGGUCUUUAGUGCCAUAUUUAUAAUAAUUAGGUCUGCUUUCACGAGGAUAUUUUAAAUAUUAUAAUCCGACCAUUUACCUAACAAGUCUGACACGAUAGAGAAGUAUAACCAAGGACCUUAAUUUGCAUACCCAAACAUCAGGUAAUAUGAUCUACGACUUUAUUAUUGACAAAGAUUGACGAAAAAAUAACCAAAGGGCUUUUGAUAGAAAUCUUUCGUUUAUUCAUAAUCCAGUGGGCGGAGUUAGUAUUGAAUGACACUUGUUCAACACGGUUAUUCGAUUGGACCAUUUUGUUGUGAUUGACAUCUAUCGUGUCAACUUAUGUUGAAAAUAAUCCAUAUUUCUACCGACUAUAAACCAAAGAUUAAGCGAUAAAGUCAUCAAAUCUUGAUUGCGAUAUGACAUGCUUGGAAGGACUUGUUUAGAACAAAUUGAAGUUUUGACAUAAGCUAUUAAGGUGGUAUUUAAAAAACAGAACCAAACCUCGCCUUGGGAUUUAAAAUUGAAAUAACCGAACAACAAUAUAUACAGAAUUUAAACACUUUAUGUUUUCGAUUUAAAUGCAUCUUAGUGUACCGAGCUGUUUGGACUUAAUUCUUAUGGAACAUUUUAAUAUAUAAGAGGAUUUUGUUACCGCGUUUCAAAUAAACUGAAAAGAAUUAGAACUCAACUCAACGGAGAACUUUUACCACGAAUUAAAAAGUGUAUGUAUGGAUUUUCAUAACAAUUUUCGGUGUUUUAAUAUUUGUUAUUUUCGUAAAUGAAUAUUAAUAUUCAAAUGUCAGCGGUAAACUGAUUGACUCGUGUAAUGAACAUGGAGAAAAACAGCGUCCUGAGGCCACCAAGUAUUUUUUGUGUAUUUUCAUGUGUAAUAUUUAUAUUUUGGAUUAAUUUUGUGACAGCUAGUGGAAUAGACGAUGAACGAAAAUGUCAAGAAAUAACUAUUCCAAUGUGCAAAGGAAUCGGAUACAAUUUAACUCACUUUCCGAAUCAGUUCAACCACGAAACACAAGAAGAAGCCGGACUAGAGGUCCACCAGUUUUGGCCCCUGGUGGAGAUACAAUGUUCACCCGAUUUAAAGCUGUUUCUGUGUAGCAUGUAUGCCCCUCUAUGCAUCGUAAACUACAAGAAGCCGUUACCAGCAUGCCGGUCUGUAUGUGAGCGGGCAAAGGCAGGAUGUGCACCACUCAUGGCUCAGUACGGAUUCGCCUGGCCUGAAAGAAUGAACUGCGAUAAACUUCCAGUCUAUGGUGAUAAAGAUCAACUGUGUAUGGACGUAAACCAGACCGAUCGUUCAACUCCUCUUCCUCCGCGAACACAGCAACCAUAUCGUCCAGGGGGCCAAGGAGGAAAACGCCCGGGCUCUAAUGUCAAUCCUGGAAUAAAGCCUAAUCCGAACAAAAAUACACCAACAUCUGAUCAAGAAUUUCAAAAUUUUGGAAUAGAUCAUCUAAAUAUUCCUAAAAUCAAUAACCAAUGUAAAAAGAAAUGUGGAUGCAGCAUGGUUCAAUUAGACGAUUCAAGUGAACUGUAUGGUAAAGUUAAAACCGGAGGGUUUCCGAACUGUGCUAUGAACUGUACGAGUCCGUACUUAACACCAGAUGAAGUUACAUUCACUACAUUCUGGAUUGGCUUGUGGUCCGUUUUAUGCUGUGUAUCAACUGCCAUGACGAUUCUUACGUUUUGUGUUGAUAUGCAGCGUUUCAAAUAUCCCGAACGACCGAUUAUAUUCCUCAGCGCUUGUUAUUUUAUGGUCAGCAUCGGCUAUAUAAUACGCAUGGCAGUUGGACAUUCUGCGGUUGCCUGUGACGGCAAAAUGAUUCGAUACGAAACGACUGGACCAGCUCUGUGUACUGUUGUGUUUCUACUGCUAUAUUUCUUUGGAAUGGCGGCACAAAUAUGGUGGGUUAUUCUUUCGUUAACUUGGUUCUUGUCAGCAGGAUUAAAAUGGGGACAAGAAGCUAUAGCUAGCUACUCUCAAUACUUUCAUCUUGCCGCCUGGCUCAUUCCAUCGAUAAAGUCGAUUGUCGUCCUUGCAAUGUCGUCUGUUGACGGCGAUCCCGUCGCCGGAAUUUGCUACGUCGGAAACCAGAGCGUUGACAAUUUGAGGGCAUUUGUUCUAGCCCCUCUUUUCGUUUAUCUUAUUUUAGGUACUUCAUUCCUUUUAGCGGGAUUUGUUUCCUUGUUUCGAAUUAGGAGUGUAAUUAAAAGACAAGGACAGGGUAAAAUAGACAAAUUAGAACGCCUCAUGAUCAGGAUUGGCGUGUUUACUGUGUUAUACACUGUUCCAGCUACAAUUGUAAUUGCUUGCUAUUUUUACGAACAACAUUUGAAAGACAAAUGGGAGAAAUCAUUAAACUGCUCUUGUCAAUUCGGUGAAUACUCCCCAGACUAUUCAGUAUUCAUGUUAAAAUACUUUAUGUGCUUAGUGGUCGGAAUCACUUCCGGUUUCUGGAUAUGGACUGGAAAGACAGUGGAUUCGUGGAAGAAAUUCUUUGGAAAAUACUUUUGUUGUAAAAAAGCAGACGAUAGUUUUCAUUCUAGACAUACGAAACUGUCAAACCAGUCGUAUCCCGGAGUUAAACCGCAUCCAUUAAGUCAGGUUUAAUUUCAUUUUGUAUAUUUUAUUGUAUAUUAUAAUAGUUCUGAGAUAAAUAAUCUUCAUGACCUUAAGUUCCAUCAGAUCAAAGACUCCAAUGUUUCGGAUGAUUCUUCUUUCAAUUAAGAUUUCAAGUUGAAACAAAAUUUAGGAGAGUUCAUGAGACUUUUGAUAUUAGGCUGAUUCUGUAGAUCAUGUAUUAUUAUUUACAUUGUACAUAUAUGUGAAUUUACGUUGCUAUUUAUUUUAAAACAAAUUUCAGCAGAAAGCUAAUUUGAUUUUUUUACAUAUUACAAACUACUUUUUAUAUGAAAGUUUGUGUUUUUCUAAUUUCCCCUUUGUUUAUGUUUAAAUGAAAAAUAACUAAUAUUGAAUUCAAUGUUAUCCUUUUGUAAAUUAAUUACAAAACGGAUGUUUGCACGUCGUGUUUGCAAAAAGAUUUUAAGAGGUCAAAUAGACCACUAUUGGACUUUGGUUUGUUAAUUAAAUACUGGUACACAAACGCUGACUUUCAUUAUAAACAGUGACCAAAGAAUUUUUAAACAUUUCAUUCUGUCGAAAAAUAUGAAAUUUAUCGUGCUCUUAUUGAUUUUUGUUUUAAUUAUUGUUCGUAAUUAAUUCGUAUAUAAUACUCAAAACUUGAAGGUAAAUUUACAAAUACUCCUUUUUCACUGAUAAAAUACUUAGUGAAAUUAAUUUCACUACCAUUUUGUGCAGAAAAUUAGAAAACACAAUUGAUUAUUACAUGGAUGUUUCUGUUAGGGAAAAAAAUGUCUUAAUAUGAUUUUGCUACUAUGUAAAAUAAUUUUAAAUAGAUAUUCGGUUCUUCAUCUAUUUUAAUGAAUAAAACUGAUAAAGGUGUAUUCCAUAAAUUAACAACAGCUACUGUAGUGUUUGCUACUGCACAACCAAUCACAUUAGCCCAUGUUAUUUACUUCUUCGGUGCUUUUCAUUUAGCAUUUAGAAAUAUACAUCAUACAUUUAUAAGUAUUGUAAUUAUAUAACAUGUGAUAUAUUGCAUGUUGUUUUGAAGUUGUUAUAUUUCAUAAAUUCAUAUUUUUCAAGAUCAUAAUUAUUUUUGGUAUUGUGUAAGUUAUUAGAAAAAGGCUUACAGAAAUUUAUUAGACAUUUGUAUAAAUAUCUUGU